AUGAUAGGGAGGAAAGCAGAUCACCCAUCCAUGGCGGACAACAAAAUAGAAAUGACCGGUGAUGACAAAAAUGGUUUCUUUACCACAUACACAUCAGAAUUUCAACCGAAUCUUGGGAUGCUUGAUCAGGUGCAAGCACUGCGGUGGGUGAAUUCUGAGAUCUCAAAUUUUGGCGGUGAUCCGAAUCGUAUUACCGUAUGCGGACAAGGUGAUGGUGGAUGCGCUGUGUCUGCACAUACAUUAAGUCCACUAAGUCAAAAUCUCUUUCAACAAGCGAUCAUUCAAAGUGGACCUCUACAGAGCUGCUAUUCUCCCGAAUUAUCGUACAACGCACCAACUCAAACAACACAAACUCCAACGUUACAGUACGAUGCUGGUGUACCGUAUAUUCCACUAGCGUCACAAAACAAUCCGAGUUCAUACAAUCAAGAGAAUUCUGCUUAUCAACAGAAUAUGAACCAAGGUUCAAACUACAACUCAGGAAGUUCUAGCUAUAAUCCAUCGGGUUCAAGUUAUACUUCUUCCAACGUUAGCAACACUAUUUAUGGGACUGAUCCAAAUCAACAACUCGCACAACAGCUCUGCAAUAUAACGCCAGAACAAUGGCGUCGUGGUGAAUUGGGGGAUUUGAGCAAAUGCUUGCACAACUACACUGUGGAUUUCUUCGUGAAGACCGAAGGAGCGAAAACUGCUACAUGGAUGAUAGUACGUGAUGAUACUUUCCUACCUGAUACUAUCCAGAACCUAGCUGCACGCCGUCCACCUAUUCCAAUUAUUAUAGGAACAGUUCAGGAUGAAGAUGCGGAUUACGCCUUUAAACUCGUCGCUGAUGGUCAAGCUAACCAGAGUGAAGGUGAAAUGUUCAAUACGUGGAUGGUGGAUUUUGCCAUGAAAAACAAAUUAAAUGCUACUACAACUAGUAAGAUUUCUAACAUUAUAUCGCAAAAUUACAAUAUUACAACCGGUGAACAGCAAUAUGAUACCAGUAGAUCACAAAACACUGGCCAAUACGUUGGCAAUGCAAAUCAGCCAAAUUACCAGCCGAGCGUUUACGGUUAUAGUAACGAGAACAACGGCUACAGUAAUCCUAUCGGAUGUGCUACUGGACAAUGUCAAAACGUCGGCUGCUUUAAUCCACCAUGCUAUACUCAAACCAUCACAUCCAAUGGAUACGGUAACCAAGGCAACGUACAGUAUGAUCAGAAUCAGAACACCGGCGGCGGAUAUGGCAUCAACUCCGGCUACAGUACUCAGUCCCAAGGUUAUAGUAAUCAACAAAGCGCCUACAGCAAUCAAAACAGUGGAUUCCAAUACAUGGGCGGAGCGUAUAAUCAAUCAACGAAUGGCUACAAUGAUGGAAAUUAUGGAUAUAACGUACAGUAUGAUGGGAAUGUCGCUCCUACUACAGGAAAUGUACCGCAAAAUAUAGGCUACAAUAGUAACGACUAUACCGGUCAAGGAAGCGGUUACACAUCACAGAAUUCUGGAUAUCUGAGUCAGAGUAUCGGCUACAAUAACCAAAACUAUGGUUAUAGUAAUCAGUAUAACGCUAACAAUAAUCCACAGUACACCUACAAUCAAGGAAACAAUCAAUAUCAGAAUGUGGGGUCUGCAAACCAAGCAGGAGCGCAAUACGAUCAAAAUGGUGGUGUCAACUACUCGCCAUUGGUGGUUAAUAACCCACAAACAAUCGACUCACUCAAAGCGAUAUCACAGCUACAAUCGGAUGCGGGAAUUGUAUCGCAAACUGCCACGGAAAUAGAUACAUUUAUGAAAAACGGCAAUCAAUACGUUAGGAUCUACCAAUUCACACAUGUUACCGACCUAGGACGACAAAAUGUCCCAGACUUGGGACCAUGGAAACCUGUCUACAAAGGUCAGGAUAUGAUCUUUUUGUUCAUGAGCGAAACUGUUUGGAGUUCUGGCACUCCAACCGCAGAUGAUCGACGAAUGGCAGACCAAAUGGGUGACCGAUGGACACAAUUCGCAAAAGAAGGACAAGUCUCUAAUUGGCAACCGUCAAAUCCACAAAGUUACACUUACUGUGAUCUAAAUCGUCAACCUACUGUACAAAAUGGCUACGCGCAACAAGCACGAUCGGUGUUCAAUAAUCAAGUCUAUCCGAUAGUUCAGCAGGCUCAGAACUCACCUAUGCUUUACGAUGCGAACACAUCUCGGUCUCCCAUGCCUUCCUCUUCAAACUCUGUUUCCAGACCCGUACAAGUGCAAUAUUCAUCAAAUGGCCCGCAAUCAAACACAUUCCAAAUUUCUUUCCAAUUAAAAGAUGUUCCUGGAAAAUGA